AGCCGGCGUUGCCUCCCUUUUCUUGACCAUCUCGUCUUGUCUGUUUGAUAUAUACUAUCCUUCAUUCUUUGGGUUACAAUCAUGUCUGGCGUCUAUUCCAAGGAUGACGUUGCGUCGCAUAGCAAAGGGGAUAGUGUGUGGAUUAUCAUCGACGGAGACGUCUACGAUGUGUCUAAGUUCCUCGAUGAUCACCCAGGUUGGUUAUAAACAGCAUAUAUAUCAGCGUUGAGAAACGAAGCUAACCUUACUAUAGGCGGUAAAAAGAGUACGAUCGUUUCUUGCCUUGUUCCUAGACAAUAUAUACUCACAGUUCUGUUAUAGUCUUGCAGCGCAUGGGAGGAAAGGAUGCUUCAAAGCAGUUCUGGAAGUACCACAACGCCGGCGUGUUGAAGAAGUACCAACCAAAGCUGAAGAUUGGCUCCCUCGACUCUAAGAAAGCCGAGGCUGCCCCAGCUCCAGCUCCAGCUCCUACCCCGGCUCCAAAGAAGGAGGCCUCAAAGCCACAGGAACAAUCCUCGCCUGUCCCAGCCGCAGAGGCCCUGGACCCCUAUGGAGAGCUUAUCCCUUUCUCGGACCCGUCGUGGUACCAUGGAUAUUACUCUCCAUUCUACAACGAAUCACAUGCUGCUCUACGUGACGAGGUGCGACAGUGGGUAGAGACCGAGAUCGAGCCUUACUGCCACGAGUGGGAUGAGGCCAAGGCAGUUCCCGAGAACAUUUACAAGCAAAUGGGCGAGAGAGGUUACCUUGCUGGUCUGCUUGGCCUAUCAUACAACAAAGACCUAGUCAAGAACCAGGUGAAGAGCGUUUCUCCUGAUAAGUGGGAUCUCUUCCACGAACUGAUUGUCACCGAUGAGCUUUCUCGUGCAGGCAGCGGAGGCAUUGUCUGGAACCUCAUCGGUGGAUUUGGCAUUGGCUGCCCACCAGUCGUCAAGUACGGAUCCAAGGAGCUUGUCGAGCGUAUCGUUCCAGGUAUACUGGCUGGUGACAAGCGUAUCUGUCUAGCCAUAACCGAACCUGAUGCCGGAAGUGAUGUCUCCAAUUUGUCCUGUGAAGCCAAGCUUACCCCUGAUGGAAAGCAUUACAUCGUCAAUGGUGAGAAGAAGUGGAUCACCAACGGUAUCAUGAGUGACUACUUCACCACUGCUGUACGAACUGGAGGCCCUGGCAUGGGCGGUGUCAGUGUUCUCCUGAUCGAGCGCUCUGCCGGAGGUGUGAGCACACGUAAGAUGGACUGCCAGGGUGUCUGGAGCAGUGGUACCACUUACGUUACCUUUGAAGACGUCAAGGUUCCUGUCGGCAACCUGAUUGGAAAGGAGAACAAGGGCUUUAAAGUCAUCAUGACCAACUUCAACCAUGAACGUAUGGGUAUCAUCAUCCAAUGUCUCCGCUUCUCCCGAGUCUGCUACGAGGAGUCCGUCAAAUACGCCCACAAGCGCCGCACUUUUGGCAAACGACUCAUCGACCAUCCAGUCAUCCGUAUGAAGCUCGCCCAUAUGGCUCGCCAGAUCGAAGCCAGUUUCAACUGGCUCGAGAAUCUCGUCUUCCAGUGUCAAAAUAUGGAUGAGGACGCCGCUGCCCUUCGUCUAGGCGGAGCUAUCGCCGGUCUCAAGGCCCAGUCAACUACCACCUUUGAGUUCUGCGCCCGUGAGGCUAGUCAGAUCUUCGGAGGUCUCAGUUACUCUCGUGGUGGACAGGGUGGUAAGAUCGAACGCCUCUACCGUGAUGUCAGAGCCUACGCUAUUCCCGGAGGUAGCGAGGAGAUCAUGCUUGACCUGAGUAUGAGACAGUCCCUGAAGGUACAUGAGAUCUUUGGUAUGAAGUUAUAAUGGCUUCCUUGUUUGGUACCUUCUGUUCUGUCGAAUACAUCUGUAUGAAUUCCCUUGUGUCAAUAUAUCCCCGAUGAACUUGUGCUUGUUUCAUUUGAUAUAACUCCUGGCUCCAAUUUCCUUCAUGGCUACCUGUACCUUAUUCCAAAUUACCUACUUCGUAGAAUCAAAAAGAUUCACAAGAUUCACAUAAAGCUAUUACUUGAGUCUCGUAAACGCUGCAUCCCCGAUAUUAUAUCUUUCUUGCUGAUGAAGUUUGUACCUUAAA